GGGACAUGGAACCAAGCGUUGAGAGGGCGGCCACAGCCUACACCCUGACUGGGGUGAGGGACCACCUCCAUAUCUAAGUAUUAUCCAAGCUUGGGGAGGAAGGGGUCUUUAGUGUAUCUCCUUGGGUUUGAGGAAGUCGGGCCUUAUCCUGCUUUGGGGUUAGAAAGAAGAAGCUCAGGAUCAGUUGGCUAGGAGGGAAGGGAGGGAGCCAGCAAUCCCUGUUGGACCAAAUUGAACUGGGAACUAGGCCUAUCAAGCCCAUUAAAGUUGGUCCUUGUAGGAGUGGGGCCAGAAGGCAGAGCAAAAGGAGUGUUGGGGCAACUCCUGUGGUCCAGGUUGGAGUUCAGAGGUACAUACAGGGCCUCCCUUGGUUUACUUUUGAUGCUUAAAGAGGGAGCCCUUUAGGCCUUUCAGUGAUUAGCAUUUCCGAGCCUGGUGGCUGGUUAUCCUGGGGACAGUACAGGAGGAAGAUAAAAUUCCUGGGAUACAUUGCACCCCCAAGAGGCUGAGGAAGAAUGGGCAACUCGCUUUGUGGUGCCCUCCAGGGGGCACCCCAGUCCAAAGGUGAAGAUUGGUGCCUUUGCUGAUCUCUAACCCCUUUUCUCCUGUCAGGGCCCAGCCCCUCCCUCAUUGAGGCCCUCAGGCCCCCUUGGUUCCAACUAGGGGAGGGCCUGGGCUUGGGGAGGCCAGGCAGCUCUGGGCCCCAAACCGGUUUUCCCACCUUCACCAGGGCUGGCACAUCACCACUGUGGUUCCCUCCCCACUACUUCCUUUCAGUUCUUCCUCUCUCCACCCUGGAAUGUUGGGGGUGGGGGGAUAUCUAGGCCAUCUUUUGUCCCUUGCCUGCCCUGGGUGUGGUCCCUUCCAGAAAGGCAAGACCCAUAUGUAUGAUUUUAAAACAAGAAGGUAGAGUGACGAUUCCAUACUUGGCCUUCCACACUCCUGGAACUCAGGGUUUCCCUGUAAGCCUUAAAGGCAAUGAAACUAAGUGAUGGCAAAAAGUAGUUGGGAUUCCCCUUCCCCCCAUCAGAGCUAUGGAGGAGAAAACUGGAAAGUCCUAAGAAAGCCCAGCCUACCCCCUGGCCUGCUCUGGAGUUAAGAUGGGAGCGGUAGGUUUCUCCCCAGGUGCCCCUGUUCAACCCAGUCCCUCAUCUCAAAUACCAACAAGACAAAUCAUUUCCAUUUGUCUUCUCUUCUGCUGGAACUGAGAUCAUCUCAAUAAUGAUGGCACCAAGUGAUGUUAAUAGGGCCCUUGCUGUGUGCCAGGCGCUGUGCUAAGCACUUUAGAUGCUCACAAAACCCCUAUGAGGUAGGUGAAACCACGAGAAAACAGACACAGAGAGGUCCAGUAAUGUGCCCAAAGCCACAUUGCUAGUCUUCGGUGGAAGCAAACUUUCUUCCCUGGCUGACCCUAGGAGUCCCUUGACUGCUACUUUGUGUCCUUUCACUAAGGCAGAACCCACAUCCCUAACCUUUCUAAAAAUAGUGCUCCUUUGAAAUGGAACUGGCUACUGAAGUCCAUUUUUAACCCAUGGAAGAACAGCUCUUUGGAGGGAGAUGAGGGAUUAUGGGAGUGUUUACAGGAGCUAUUGCAGCUUUUAUACCUGUAGCCAAUUCCCAUAUCCUCAGUCCCCAUACAAAUGCAGAUCUGUAAGUACCCUUCCCAUUUUCCUCCCUCUUACCCCACUGGGACAAAUAGAACCAUUCCCACUUCACAAAGGGGGGAAAUAAGGUUAAGGAGUUAAAUAACCUGCCCGAGGCACUGGCCUUGAGCCCUAGUAUUCUCCUUGGGAGUCUGAGUGACAUAUUAAAUGCCCUACCAGGACACUGCUGGGAAGGGCAGUAGUGGUGAUGGCCUUAAUAGCACAGAGCUUUGAGAAGGGACCCAGCAAGGAGGCACUGUCACACAGCCUAUCACACAAUCCAGAUGGGAAGCAGCAGAUGAUUAAUUACAGUGGACACCCAGAUAAAGCUGAGGAACAUUGGGAUGCUGCCUUCACUUGGGACUGAUAGCUGAAGGAUCCAGAAGGGGAAUCUCGGCCCUGAGGAUGCUGGGGCAGGGAUUCUGAGGGCCCAGUUGGGUUUGGCAGGUCCCAGGGUGGGCCAGUGGCUGAUCAGGUGGAGUGGGCGCAGAUGCUGGGAAGACAAGGCCACCUAAUCGCCUAUUCAAAGCUGGGGCCUGAGAGUAGGUAGAGGGAGAAAACUACAAUUCCCAGAAGCCCCUGUUCCCCUCCGAGUCAAGGAUAGUUGCCAUGGUUUCAGAAAACAAUAUGGCUGCUCCCAGCUGGGAAGCGAGUUUCCCGGUUUGAGAGGCAGAGGCCGGUCUGGGCGCCUUCGGUGGCGAAAGAAGAGGCAUCUGAGAGAUCGUGCGGUUUGGCGCUGACGCUGCACGACUGGAACGGUCUUGCCUUGCUGGGGGUGCCAAUGGCUGGCAGCGUGGACGAGGAGGCGUUGCACCAGCUGUACCUGUGGGUAGACAACAUCCCCCUAUCCCGGCCCAAGAGAAAUCUCUCCAGGGACUUCAGUGAUGGAGUCCUGGUCGCAGAAGUCAUCAAGUUUUACUUCCCCAAGAUGGUGGAGAUGCACAAUUAUGUCCCUGCCAACUCUCUCCAACAGAAGCUCAACAACUGGGGUCACCUAAACAGGAAGGUGCUGAACAAGCUGAACUUCUCGGUACCAGAGGACGUGAUGCGCAAGAUCGCGCAAUGCGCGCCAGGCGUGGUGGAGUUAGUGCUCAUUCCGCUGAGGCAGCGCCUGGAGGAGCGCCAGAGGCGCAGGAAGCAGGGCGCGGGCUCCUUACAGGAGCUGGCUCCCCAGGAUGGCACUGGCUACAUGGAUGUGGGUUUGUCCCAGAAGGCCCGAGGGGAAGGUGACCCGGACUCUCAGGGAGGAGGGCAGCUCAGGGGGGGUCGGCUGCCAGCGCCCCGACCUCCGGGAUAUAGUCAGGCACUGCAGGGCGACCCAAGCUUCGUCCUCCAGAUCGCUGAAAAGGAGCAGGAACUGUUGGCCUCUCAGGAGACUGUGCAGGUCCUGCAGAUGAAGGUGAGGCGCUUAGAGCAUUUGCUGCAGCUCAAGAACGUGCGCAUCGACGAUCUCUCCCGGCGGCUCCAGCAGGCAGAGCGUAAGCAGCGGAGAAUGGACCGCUUUGCAGAACCCAGAAGCCACGUGCAGAGACUUGGCAUGCUCCCCAAAGCCAUGCCCGACACCAGGGGCCCCACCUUGGUGCUCCCUGCUCUGGGCCUUAGGGGGCGGUGCCCGGACUCGGUGCACACCCCUAGAAACAGGUCCCCGCCCAGCCCUGAGGACUGCGGCGUCUCCAUCCGGGCUAGUUCUCUGCGCUCUGGACCUCGGGGGAAGCUGCCCGAGGCAGCUGAGGGAGAAGCUUCCCUCUCCGGCGCGCUCACCUGGGGCCCAACUCGAGGCUGGAGAGCACAGCAGCUGGAGAGGAAGGGGUGAGGAGUGGCUUCAGCCAGGAGUGGGGAAGACAUGGGCUGUGCCUGUUCCAAACACUCUUCCCUCCCCUCCUAGGGGGCACCUUUGAGAAUGUUUUGGAGAUACAGGACCGCACUACCCCCAUUAAAGAAGUUGUGCUAUCUUUCCUGCGA